AUGACUGAGCGUGGACUAAAAGAAGUCAGUAAUCCUUCGGCAAUCUUUUUAAGUCGUGGCGAAGAGCAGUCGCCUGGCAGUAUUGUAAUGGUAGUAUGGGAGGGAACGCGCCCGCUAUUAGUGGAAAUACAAGCGCUGGUGGAUUAUUCGCAAACAGCCAACCCGCGACGCGUCGCAGUCGGCCUUGAGCAAAACCGUAUGGCGAUGCUGUUAGCUGUAUUACAUCGCCAUGGCGAUGUGCAAAUGAAUGAUCAGGAUGUAUUUGCCAACGUGGUAGGCGGUGUAAAGGUGACAGAAACCAGUGCUGAUCUAGCUUUGUUGUUAUCGAUAGUUUCUAGCUUUCGGAAUAAGACCUUAGAUGAGCAGUUGAUUGCGGGGAGUGGUUGGGGGAAGAGGAUCAAGGGGCGGUGGAUAGAGAAGUGGGGAGAGGGGCGGGGAUUGUCACGUCGUCACCAACCUUGCUGGCAUUCGCCUGGUCCGGCGCGGCGAUUGGCUGCGCUGCACAUUUUGGGCAUGCCCAAUAAAAUUUCAAUAAUACAUCGUUUCAUUCCGCACUCUUCCAUCCCAAGUUGA